AGGUUAUCAAUGCAUUUAACAAGGCCAAAGUCCUCCAAAGGACGAAGCAGACCUGCUUUAAACAACGCAGACAGCAUCCAGAGGACACCUGUGUCCCCAGAGACUCCCGUGCACAGCAGGCCGGACAGAAACCUCCGCUCCCAGUCCCAGCCCACCAUGAGGCAGACCGGCCACCUGGGCCAGGAUGAAGUUCUGCACCUGCUGCAACACGCUCCCGCUGCUCCGCUGCGGACCUUCAACAAGUACAAGGUCCUGCCGUCCAUAGAGAGGAGGCGGUCAGCGGUGAGUCCAGGGAGAGGCCUGAACAAAAACAUGUCCAAGCUCACCCUGUCUGAUGAUUCUAUCCUGCAGCAAACUCAGAGGCAUGAGGAGCCAGAUCUCCCCACAGCACAGACCAGCAGCUCUGGAGGUGACAGGGGGGCUGAUGGACCCCUCAGGAUCCGGCCUAAGCCGCUACACCCAGGACCAGUAACAACCAGUGGCAGUUUGCUCUUGGCUAUCCGAGCACCGUGUGGCAGGAGGUUCGAGCAGCACUUUGAGCCCACAGACACUCUGCUGAUGGUGAGAGCCAGUGCAGAGGCCAGGUAUGGAGCCACGUAUGGAGAGGCCUCCAUUGAGACUAUGGAUGUGCCUCGUAGGACCUUCACAGAUAUGGAUAUGACUUUGGCCCAGUGUGGCAUCUUGAACAGAUCAGUGCUGUGCAUUUCUCAGAAUAAUGGCAGUGAGGUGGAACAGGACUUUUAA